AAACGUUAGAAGCCUCCCUAAUUUCGGCACAAAGGCGAUGCACCAGCCCAUAGCACGGUAUUCUUUAUGAGUCCGCUAGAUCACGAUGUCACGAUCCGAUCACAGAUACUAAAGAGGAAGCAUAGGAACAACAUUUGUACUGGUUCUCGACUGUCCGGCAGCUCUUCUCAAAGCCGUGAGCGACGUGUCUACGCAGUCUACAUAAGGGACAUGCCCCAAAGCAUCGAUUUCCCACGCAAUACUCCCGCGUGGCAUUGUUCCCUGAGCCUCCAGCAUUACCACCACCGUCCGCUGCAGCGCAUUCUCGCCGAUAUUCACAUACUUCAUCUACUUCCCGUUCGGCUUGACCUCAAACGUCUUCGAACCCUUCUGAUGUCCGUCGCUGCCAGCCCCUUUGAUUCCGAAAUCACACUUAAGGGAUUGCGUAUGUCGCCCCCUUGGGCACGGCCGUAUUACAACUAUGAUAAGUUUCCGUUACGAUCUCGCAGAACAAAGGGCAUGGCAGCGAUAAGACCUUUUCCAGAAAUAGACGCCCGAUAAUAGUACUAAUGACGGCAGUGACUUUCGUU